AUGCCCGAGCAUAUGCACUCAUAUUUGACACAAACCCCUCAAAUGUGUGCCGAUACUAUAGUGUGGCUGGCCCGAGAGCGAAAAGAAUGGCUCGCUGGUCGUUUUGUGUUUGGACCUGCAGAUAUGGAAGAGCUUGCUGCCAAGAAAAAUGAGAUCGUGGAGAAAGAUUUACUCAAGCUGAAACUGGUGAUCUGA